AUGCUUACUAAAUUAUUUAAAUCUAUUACUUCCAAGGGUCCGUUCAUUGGAGAUUAUGCUCGUCCAAUGAUGAGAAAAGGUCCUUUCAUCGGCGAUUAUGCCAGACCAAUGAUGAGAAAGGGCCCCUUCAUUGGGGAUUAUGCUAAACCGAUGGGUAAGUUUGGUGUGAGAUGGUAUACUAAUGCUGCUAUUUAUGAACCAAAAUUCUGGUCAGCAAGUAUCAAAAAUGGUUAUUCUAAUAUAAGUACUUUCCCACUGUGGAGUUCUUUGGGUGCAAGUUAUUUAAAAGAGAUUCACAAUAUGUUUGGAGCUUUAACUGCUGUAACUACUGUGAUGGUAAUUUGGCCUGCAACCGUCAGAAUGUUGAGUAAUUUUAUUGAUGAUGUCCCAGCUGAAAGAGGUGCUCAAGUUAAAUUAGAACAUUUUGGUAUUUUUGGUGAAAAGCCUACAGUUGAAAUUCCAAAUACUUAUGUUCAUUUAACUAAGCAUUCCCCAAUUGAGGAAUAG